AUGUUCAGAAGAUUGUUUAGUACCAGUGGGGCCAAGUAUGCACCACGCCACUUGGUUAGUACUGUUGAAUUGAGCAAAGAAGAGUUAGGGACAUUAGUUGAAAAAGCUGGAAAAUUCAAACAAAUUGUUAGAUCCGGCAACGGUACCCCAGUAGAACAACAUCAGAAAUUGAUGGGUAAGUUAGUUGCCUUGUUAUUUUCCAAAAGAUCUACCAGAACCCGAAUUCUGACUGAAGGAGCAGCAUCAUUUUUCGGAGCCCAGCCAAUGUUUUUAGGGAAGGACGAUAUUCAAUUAGGAGUCAAUGAGUCAAUUUAUGAUUCAGUGAAGGUUAUGCUGUCCAUGACAUCGUGUAUAUUUGCCAGAGUGAAUAAACAUGAAGAAAUCAUGGAAUUAUGUAAACAUCUGAAUGUACCAAUUAUAAAUUCAUUAUGUGAUAAAUAUCAUCCAUUACAGGCAAUCACCGAUAUAUUAACAAUCAAGGAAUCUUUUGGAGGUAAGACCCAAGGCUUAAAACUAGCCUGGAUUGGAGAUGCCAAUAACGUUAUUAAUGAUUUGGCAAUUAGCUGUUUAAAACUGGGGAUAUCAGUUUCGGUAUCAAUUCCCAAAUCAGUGGAAUUUGACCCAUACAUUAUUGCAAAAGCAAAAGAAAUCGUGGAUCAAGAUAAUCAAGUCAGUUUCGAAGUUGUUAAUGAGCCCCAAACAGCACUUACAAAUGCAAAUAUCAUAGUAACCGAUACUUGGAUAUCAAUGGGACAAGAACUGGAAAAACAAGAAAAAUUAAAACAGUUUGAAGGUUAUCAAAUCACCAAACAGUUAAUCGAUCAAGGUAAUGCCGAUCCAAAUUGGAAGUUCAUGCAUUGUCUACCAAGACAUCCCGAAGAAGUCGAUGAUGAAGUCUUCUACAGUGGCAACUCCCUAGUCUUUGAAGAAGCUGAAAAUCGUUUAUACGCAGCCAUGGCAGUAAUCGACUCCCUUGUAGUUAAUAAAGGAGAUUUUUCAAAAUAA